UUAUUAAAGCAGUCGUUUUUCUCUUAAGCACAUGCAUUAAUAUUUCUGAUUUGCGUAGACGUUGUAUAGUUUGACCAUUGCUUUUCUACUGCAGUUUUGUUUGACAUGCACUGAAAACUUCAAUUCAUCAGUUCAGAGAGAGAAAAGUUCACUACCACCAGAAACAUAAACAUUAAACACUUUCUCAAAAUCGAGAAUGACGGAUCGAGCAAACAACUUCCCCCCUCUGCCAAAGUUUAUGCGCAUAAAGCCAUGUUUUUACCAGAACGUGGCUGAGGAAAUUCCACAACCCUACCAGCAGCUUGUGCGUCGUGUUUACAAUCUUUGGAUGUUGUACUGUAUCACACUAUGUGUUAAUGUGGUGGCCUGCAUAGCCUGGUGGGCCGGCGGGGGCAAUGUGGACAACUUUGGGUUUGCGCUCCUCUGGCUGCUGGUUUUCAGCCCAUGUAGCUACACCUGCUGGUUCAGGCCACUCUAUAAAGCCUUCCGGGCUGAUAGUUCCUUCAACUUCAUGGCAUUCUUCUUCAUUUUCUUUCUGCAAUGUGUUCUUGCCUUCAUCCAGAGUCUUGGAAUAUCAGGUUGGGGUGCUUGUGGCUGGAUUGCCACAGUGAUGUUUUUCGGCACGAAUGUAGCCUCGGCUAUAUUCAUGCUCAUCUGUACUCUGCUCUUUACCAUAGAUACAGUUCUAAUGGUGUUCAUUCUCAUCAAGGUUCAUCGAGUGUAUCGCGGUGGAGGAGGCAGUUUUCAGCAGGCACAGGAAGAAUGGAGCACGGGCGCUUGGAAAAGUGGCCCUGUGAGGGAAGCUGGAUUCAACGCCAUCUCUGAAACCGGCCCUAGCCUGCCCCAGUAUCCAGCCGCUGUGCCCAAUUACCCAGAGAGCGGACCCUGGUGAUACUUUUUCUGAACUACAGAUGGAGCCUGAGUACCACUGGUUGUCUUAACAUUAAAGGGGCAGUUUGCAGUGGGACGUUACCCUUUAUUUUGUGCCAAGAAAACACUUUGGCCAGAUCGCGGACUUGUGAAUAGUUGCUUUGCAUUUGUACAAUGUUUUUUUU